ACACCUUGUAACGAGAAAUGUCAUUUCCAUUGUUUUACGAAGAAGAAGUUAGAAGGAGUUAAUUUCCGUUAUAAUAAUUUCCAAUUCCAAUUUGUUGUGAUGACCUGUAUUUAAUCCAUAUUAUUAUUAAUGACUCUUAAACCAGUUAUUUCAGCUUCUUCCUGUAGCUACAAAGUACAACACAGGGAACAAAGGUACAAUAUAUUUUGUUGUAAAUAUCUCUAAUAUGUAUAAUACUCUUUAUAAAUAGGCAUUGUUUUUUAUACAUAAUUCUUUUUGACUACUGUCAUUAAACCUGUUAUAAAGUAAAACAUAGAAAAAUUUUAGUGAACUUCUUAAUAAAAACUAUGGAAUCUUUGUUCAAAUUAGUAAUUUUACUGAGGAAGAGUAAUAAUUAUCAGAUUCAUAUACAGAAAAGAAAUUUACUGAAACAUUCUAUAAAUCACAUUUUAGGUAAAAAAGUUAUGGACAGAUACAUGAGACUUCCUUUACCAUGUAAUAAAGUAUUAGCAACAUAUGUUUGGAUUGAUGGAUCUGGCAUAAAUAUGCGAAGUAAGGACAAAAUCCUUCAUUGUGUACCAUAUUCAGCUGAUCAAGUACCUCCCUGGGCCUUCGAUGGUAGUUCUACGGGGCAAGCUACUACCGAUAAUUCUGAUACUAUAUUGAAGCCUGCCUACGUUUACCGUGACCCGUUCCGUUGUGAUCCACAUGUGCUUAUUAUGUGUGAAGUGUAUCAGGGCGAUGGUCAACCUGCUGCUACAAACAAUAGGAAGUACUGCAAUGACUUGUGUAAUUAUCAUGCAGCUGAAGAGCCUUGGUUUGGAUUAGAGCAAGAAUACACCAUGCUGGAUAUGGAUGGUUGGGGACUUGGCUGGCCAAAGGGUGGUGGCUUUCCAUCUUUUAAAUAUCAGUUUUCGUAUUGUGGAGUAGGCGCAAAAUACGUGGUUGGGAGAGAUAUAACUGAAGGACAUGGGAAAGCAUGCCUGUAUGCUGGUAUUGAUUUUGAAGGAACUAAUGCUGAAGUGAUGCAUGCGAGCUGGGAGUGGCAGAUAGGUACUUCGGUUGGUAUCAAAGGGGCAGAUGAUCUGUGGAUGUCGCGUUAUAUUAUGGCGCGCGUAGCAGAAGAUUUUGGCGUUGACAUUACCUACCAUCCUAAACCUAUGGGACUCUUACAUCCUGGUAUAGGCAUGCAUCACAAUUUUAGUACAAAAAGAAUGCGAUCGGAUGGUGGUUUUAAAUUCAUUGAAGAAUGCAUAAAAAAAUUAGAAGCCAAUCAUAUGAAGCAUAUGAAAAAAUACGGUAAUGAUGAAACUACAAAUAGAAUGCGUUUAUCAGGGAAAUUUGAAACAGCACCUUUCGAUAAGUUUUCUUGGGGUGUUGCUAGUAGAAAAGCUUCCAUUCGCCUCCAAAGGCACGUGAAGGAAAAAGGUAAAGGCUUUUUAGAAGACAGAAGACCUGCCGGUGAUUGUGACCCUUAUUUAGUUUGUGGCUUGUUAAUGGAAACUUGUUUAGGACCUGCAGCGUCCACGAAAUCAUCUCCGUGUUCAUGUCCAACGAAAUGAAUUAGGUUUCAUUAACAGUUAUUUCAAGGUUUUUGAACAUUGUUUUGGCGUUUUGUAAAUUUAGUAUCACUUUCUAUAAUACAUAAAGAGGAAGUUCCCAAAA